CAAAAAUUGUUAAAUACUCCUUGCCUCUUUUCUUCUCAUCUAUCUUCAGCUUCUGCUUUCAUAUUACUUUCCUUAGUGAGAUUCAACAUGAUGGAGCCAUGGGGCAGACUAGAAGGCAAGGUGGUGAUGGUGACGGGUGCAUCGUCUGGAUUCGGGAGAGAACUCUGUUUCGACUUGGCAAAUGCAGGUUGUAAAGUCAUUGCAGCUGCUCGGAGAAUGGACAGGCUUAAGUCCCUGUGUGAAGAAAUUAACAAUUGUGGGGAUGCUAGUGAUCAGCAAUACCGUGCUGCUGCAGCUGUUGAGCUUGAUGUGGCAGGGGAUAGCGAGGCAAUCAAGUUGGCUGUAGAGAAAGCAUGGAACUGUUUUGGACACAUUGAUGCUUUGGUAAAUGUUUUUUUUGUACAAGGUGGAACAAAAUCUUCACUUUAUUUAAGUGAAGAAGAAUGGAACAAUGUGGUGAGGACGAACAUGACAGGAUCAUGGUUGGUGUCCAAGUACGUUGGAUUACGCAUGGUUGAAGCUGGUCAGGAGGGAUGUAUCAUUAACAUUUCCUCUGUUGCUGGUCUGAACAGAACCUUUGCUCGCAGCACUCUUGCUUACAGCUCCUCUAAAUCAGGACUAAAUUCCGUGACUCAGGUUAUGGCACUAGAACUAGGGAAGCAUAAGAUCAGAGUAAAUUCGAUAUCCCCUGAUAUUUUCGAAUCUGAAAUAACGGAGAGUUUGAUGAAAAUGAAAUGGCUUAAAAAUGUGACAGCAAGAACAGUUCCAUUGAAAAGUUUCCUUGCAUCUGAUCCGGCACUGACAUCACUAGUUCGCUACUUGAUUCAUGAUUCUUCAAAGUACGUUACAGGCAACGUUUUCGUAGUUGAUGCUGGAGCUACUCUCCCUGCUCUUUCAAUAUUUUCUUCCCUCUAAAGUAUCAUCACCGUGUUAUGCAUAAAUGUCUGCCUUACAUGUUAUAGACUACAAAAGGUUCAGACUGAAAAUUUACAUUCUACAAAAUGGUUGGCUGGUUGCUCUGGCGACUACUCGUUGAACCUUAAGCUUCUGU